GUUCACAAGAACAACAUCUCAAGGUGAUUUAUCCUCUCUUUGGGCAACUUUUUUAAUGUCAUCUUCUUGAAGAAUCAACUUUCCCUCUACACGGCGUCAAAUUGGGUUCGAGAAACGACUGAAUGUGCCACCUUCCCUUGACAAAUCAGCGUCUCGUUUUUGUAUCUCCGCCAAACCACGACUUUGAACGGCUUACGACCGUAGAGACUUUACCCCAAUGAAACUCAAGUUACCCCUCUUACCUUCUCUACUGCUUAGUCCCUACCAAGUCAACUCCAUGCGACCGCGAAAUGAUCUCGCCACAACUGCACCAGCUUCAGUUCUUCAACAGAACCCCGGGUGUGCCUUGGUUAGCUCUACACUAUUCAAAUGCGAAUCGAUUAGUCCCGGCUUUACCUCUCUUGUCCCAUCAGCCCAAGCACAAUGUCUGUGUUAUGAUUCUUCAAAAUGGAUUCCGACGAUAUUCGACAAAGCGGUGCAAACCUGCGCCGAUUUUGCAAGCACAGCCGUGCCAAGCGCAUACCCGGCAUUUGUAAACUUGGAGGGGUUUUGCGGUAAUAUUGGAAAUAUAAUGACGACAAUGAGACCUGCUACCAUCUCUCCCAUUACGACUUUUGAAUCAUUAAUUCCAACCACGACAAUCCGUAGUGUGAUACCAGCUUGCUAUACUGCGUUAUCUCUAAUACAAUUUUGUGCUGGCCUGGUUCCAGGGUUUAUGACUUUGGGUUCUUCUCAGCAGGCUUCAUGCCUGUGUUACGCGAGUGUCACAUCCUGGAUCCCAAAGUCCUUCGAUAAUGCUAUGGAGACUUGUUCACAAUUUGCGCAAAGUGAAAGUGGGAUUGCAGGGUUAGUCUCGUCAGUUGAUAUUUUCAAUGGUAUCUGUGAAAGUGUAGGAGAUGUUUGGACAAUGGGGGGGCAGGUUUCAUCUAUGGCCAUCUCGCACUCUAUAACAUCGUCUGAUGUGGGCUUGGCUCCUUCGACUUCAAUUAGUUCCCCAUCACCAGCCAGUAUACCUGGAUUUACUAGUUCGGCCAUAUCCACCAUUGCUAUUCAUUCCUCCACCCAAAACACGCGUUCGAUUGUAAAAACAAUCUCGGUCACGACCAUAAGCAGAUCAAUGACCAGUACAACUUCAGUGCCUGGAUCUGGAGCAAUCGACACUAGUCAAGACGGAAAUAUAGAACUGAAAGAUGUUAGUGAUCAGAUGGUUAUAUUGAUUAGUUUUGCAUGUGCAGCGUUGGUGCUUUUUUUAUGCUAGUUCCUGCCUUGAGCAGGAAAGUAGCAAAUAUACUGGGGCAAAUGAGAUCAGCGAGAACACCGAGAGGCAUGAUAUAGAUCACUGAUUGUAAGGAGAUAUCGGGGUUGCAAAGAUCUGGAAUCGGGGUUGGAAGUAAGAAGUUGGGAUGCGCAUAUGGUAGGAGCUAGAGAGCAGCCAUUGGCGGAUUUCGGAUAUUGUAUUGACUCUGUGAGAUGUAAUUCUAGUAUCGAUACAUAGCCGAAAGAAUGAAUGGAGGGAAUUAAAUGUUUAACAGGCCUGUUUUGUCA